AUGCUACUGCUGUGGUUUGGGUUCUUUUCCUUUGUUUGUGGGUUGGUGGUUUACCGGCUACAAUUCCACCCUCUUAGCAAGUUCCCGGGUCCGAAACUAGCUGCCCUAACAAGUCUUUAUGAAUUUUAUUACAAUGUGGUCCUGGGUGGCCGGUAUUUGUGGGAGAUAGAGAGAAUGCACGAGCAAUAUGGUCCUAUUGUGCGCAUUACUCCUCACGAGCUUCAUGUGGCAGAUCCAAACUUCUAUACGGAGAUCUAUGCAGGACCUACCAGGAGGCGUGACAAAGAUCCAAGACUUGUGCGGCUAGCAGGUCAACCGACUUCCAUGUUCGCGACUGUUGAUCAUGGCCUGCACAGUUCGCGUCGGGCUAUCCUGAACAACUAUUUCUCUAAAAAGUCAAUUGCAGGCCUAGAAGACAUGAUCCAGGGCAAAGUGCAAAAGCUCGUUAAACGGCUAAACAUGGCCUGUGAUCAGGGCACUAUUGUACAGCUGGAUGCUGCAUCAUCGGCUCUGACUGCGGACAUUAUCUCAGAGUACGCGCAUGGUGUAAGCCUUGACUACUUGGACGAUGUCAAUUUCAAUAACGAAGUCGCAGACUCAAUCUUGAGUCUUGCAUCUGUAGUUCAUGUGUUAAAAUUUUUCCCUUUCCUUUUGGAUCUGUCAAAGUUCAUACCUGAUAAGGUGCUUGAAAACCUUUGGUCCCACGCAGCCAACAUAUUGCGACUGCAGAAACUGGUUCGUGCUCAAGCAGACGUCGCACUCCAAAACGGGGGUAAAGUGAACGGUCAAGCAACAAUGUUCGGUGCUCUCUGUGACCCAUCCUUGCCUGCGCAAGAAAGAACACUGGAUCGGUUGCAGGACGAGGGCUUUUCGUUGAUUGGUGGAGGCACGGAGACUACAACAGGAACAUUGAAGGUCAUCAUGUUCCACUUGCUCAAUGAGAAGGCUUUACUCCUCAAGCUCCGCAAAGAGCUCGAAGAAUCACCGUCUAGCACAUGGGCCGAACUUGAAAAACUACCCUACAUGAGAGGAGUGAUGAAUGAGGGACUCCGGCUCUCCGGCGUCAUAACCCGUCUUCCCCGGCGCGCCCCCGACGAAGCAUUGAGAUACAAGCAGUGGACAAUUCCACCAAACUCCCUAAUGAGUACAUCCUCUCAUUUUGUUCAUACAAACUCAGAUUUGUUCCCUGAUCCACUUGUCUUUGACCCCGAGCGCUGGAUCCGAGCUGAAGCGGCCGGCCAGCGCCUGGAGCAUAUGAUUGUCACCUUCAGCAAGGGUUCCAGGCAAUGCAUGGGCAACCAUUUGGCUUUGGCGGAGUUGUACCUGGUCAUUUCCACGCUGGUACGGGAAUACGAUAUGGAUCUAUAUGGCGUGACGGCCGACAACAUCGUCACACAUAGGGAGUAUGGCUUUGGAGUGCCAAAAGAGAGGGGUGAAGGGCUCAGACCAUGUCAGGACGCAGGCCGUCUGAUGAGUUCCGCGAGGAGCAUGCUAAUUUCUGGACACUCAUACAGCAGAUCAUCCAUGCUCUUCAGGAACAGCUACCCAGUAAACCAAGACGAGACCAUUGGCCGGAUGGGCCAGCUCAACCUCCAGCUCUCGACCCUUCGACGAGCCGGAGAAAUGAUGGGUUUGAGCUACCCACCAAGCGGCAUCGUCCGCGAUGCUCCACCUCAGUUCUUCAGUGCCCGCGCUCAACGCCAUCAGAAUUACUACGGUACCGAGUUCGGGUAUGCCUGCUGGUAUACGCAAGCGCAGCUGGGCUACGCCAUUGCAGACCUUCUCCACCACAGAGACCACACGCGCGUAGCCGACCAGCUGGAAACGUUGCUAGUGAGUUGGCAAUUGACAGAGAUAAGAGCCUUCCCCCGCCAGCUCCCUAUCCGCGAUCCCGUCAAGCAGCCCGCCAGUAUCGUGUUUAUGGAAGGCCCGCCAUACUAUACACCAGGCGGUCCCGAGCCACGCAUGAAGACCGUAGGGGCGGCUCUUGGGCGCCUCCGCCACCCCGUGUCCACAUUGCCAUGCAAGCCCCAACUGAUACUCUUCACGGCGUGGCACGGCAGACACGCCACCGUGCUGCGCCAUACCCUGAACUGGGGGCUCGCCCGAGACGUCGUGGAAAUACUAGACUAA